AUGUGGCUCCCGGGCUGCGACGGGGCAGCGGCCGGCGGGCUCUGGCACCUUCCGCUGCUCCUGCUGCGGCUGGGCGCCUUCUGCGAGCCGGCGGCCGGCCGGGAGGGGCGGCUGCCCAGCGGAAACACCGUCUGCCUAAGAGGCACGCAACGCCCCUGCUACAAAAUUGUUUACUUUCACGAAGUUGCGCGCAGGGUUGGCUUCGAGGAAGCCCUUCAAACCUGCAGAAGGGACGGUGCAGACCUGGUCAGCAUCGAAUCCCAGUCAGAACAGGAGUUGGUUGAGAAGAUGAUCCAGAGUUAUUCACCCUCCGAUGGCGAUUUCUGGAUUGGUCUCCGGAGAGAAGAAGACCCCGGGAAUAGCACCCAAUGUCCAUCUUUAUACACCUGGACCGAUGGGAGUUUGUCCACCUUUCGAAACUGGUACAUGGACGAGCCCUCCUGUGGGAGUGAGUGGUGCGUGGUGAUGUAUCACCAGCCAUCAGCACCCGCCGGCGACGGAGGACGCUACCUGUUCCAGUGGAACGAUGAUCGAUGCAACAUCAAAAACAACUUUAUUUGUAAAUAUUCACAAGAAAAGCCGACAGUUGUCUCUGAAUUGGCUGCUUCUCAGACAGGGUACAUAACAGAGUCUUUGGCAUUCACAUCGCCAGAAACCCCCAUGCAGGAGGCUGUAGCUAACAAAACCCUCCCAGAGGCCAGAGACCCUACUUGGAGCCUUCCGUACAUCCUGAUUUCAAGCAUUCCUGCUUUGCUUCUGUUGAUCACCAUUGCUUUUUUUAUCUUUUGGGUUUACGCAAAGAGGAGACGGGAGCAGAGAGAAGAGAACACGAAGGAGAAAGACACUUGGUCGUCUACCAAAACGCAAAACAGCCCCAGUUUAGAUAUAUAUAAUGUGAUUAAAACACAAGGGGAGGCCGAUCUUGCAAGAACAAGACCACAAACCCAAAACUCCUCUUUCCGUGUCGGUCAUGGAGGAGAAGAGCUCUGUGGAGACUAUGACAAUAUGGUGGUGAACAACUCAGAGAGCGGCUUUGUGACCUUGGCAAGCACCGAAAGCGGCUUUGUCACAAAUGACAUAUACGAACUGUGCCACGACCAAGUAGGGCAAAGCAAAGAGUCAGCUUGGGUAGAAAAUGAAAUUUAUGGAUAUUAAAGAGCUGCUGGGUGAGAGACGGAUUAAGGUGGGGAAUGUUCCCAUUGACACAAACCGUUGCACACAAAGACAUGGCUGUGGUAUCGCAGAGGGGUUUCCUUCCUCUCCUUGAAAGGGGCCCAUGGAUUUAAACAAGUUGAUUGGUUGAUUAGAUGUCAUCAAGUUGUUUUUAAUUCUUAGCAUCUACGUUUUCUCCAUGAAGAUCUGUCCCUAGGCUAGACAUUCAGAUCUUCCACUGAUGAACCCAUCAUCUCUGUCACUGAGUCUGUCCAGGUUGUCCUGGUCAUCUUCAUCAUCAUCUUUAAAGGAGAAGGCAGAGAUCUUAUUGACCAGGAAAUGGUCUUGGGAGAACUUGUUUCCUUUCCUCGUUACAGCCUCCUGAUCAUCUAGAACCUGACAACAUUUUUUGCAUUAUUAUACGCACAUCAACUAAUUGCUGACAUCCAGAUGGAAUUUGUGAGGUACGGCUAAAUAUAACGCGGGUUUUGUUUAUCGCCACCUGGUUUGGAUCAGCUGCCGAGAUUCCAUCUUUACCUGUUUGUCAAUCAUAAAAAAAUUUCCAGAAAGGAGGGGAAUUUCUUUCCGCUCUUCUAUUCUUCCACAUGGUAUUUUUGUAGAAUGAUCUGAGGACAAAGGAAAGGACAUGGUCUAACUACAGUAUCUUCCGUAUUGAUUAUAGACAUUUCUGUUUUGAUUCAGAGCGGGUGCAAGUGAUAAGAAACUCCUCUGCAGUUGUGGACAGAUCUGUUUCUUGGACGCAGAAUACAAAUGGGGUAAAGUCGGUGCUAGUUUUAAAAAUAAAGAUGCCAAAGAUAAGUUUCUUUCAUAUAUCAGAUGCUUUCUGUCUCGGAUGAGACUGGCAAAUUUGAGGAACAAGUAAUGUGCUUGUGGUUUUAACACACAGUUUCUAAUUCUGAAAUUACGUCCAGAUUUACCUUGUUGAAAGA